AAAAUAUCAUCGGCUCAUCCCGCGAAAAUGACGUCAUUUCGAUUGCAGCGACCCCAUGUACACAGAGAAAACAAAAUCUUCGUACCCUUUCUGGGCAUAGUAAUAAAUCAACAAUGUUUGUUUGUCAUCCUGGGAAAAUGGUGAUCAUAGCUGGAUAGGUCAAAGAUGGAAGAUGCUGUAAGUAGAAGUUCCCUGGACUCAUCAUCAACAGGGGAUGAAUAUGUGCUUGUCAAUGCUGACCCCAAGUUAAGAAUUACAGGUGACAUCAAUGAUCUAAACAGUGAAAUCUGUUCCGAGAACCAGUCUAGAUUCAAACAAUCUGUCAAUAAAAGUAUGAAUGACAGUCUCGUUGAUAAAGAGAUUGGUCAUGUGAUGCCAAGUAGCCAAUCAGUUGAUGUGUUAAAUACAAAUGGAUCAGCAAGUAAUGAGGCUGAGCCAGGGGCAGCAGGGUCUGUUUCUCUUCCAACAACUCCAACUGGUGAUUGUAUAGUAUUUCAUGGAGUUACUUACUUGGGUUGUGCUACAGUUAAUGCUCCACGAAGUGAGGUGGAAAUAUAUCGCAAUAUGGCUGUCCUGAAUGAGCAGUCACAAGGAGACAUUCCAAUAGUUCUCUCUGUACCUGCCACAGCAGAUGGCACUGUAAGUCAAUCCGAAGGAUUUGUUAGGUUGCUAGAGCCGGGAACUGACACAGAGAUUUCCAGUUACAAAAUACACCGUAUCUUGUUCUGUGCCCGGGGACCAGUAGAGAGUAAUGAGAAACGAUGCUUUGCUUUCACAUUUAGCCAUGGUGAUUGUGCUGACUCAGCCAUUUUUCAGUGCCAUGUGUUCAGAUGUGAUCUUUCUGAAGCUGUUGCUAAGAUACUGUAUUGUUUUGCUAAUACAUUCCGUAGAGUGCCAAAGAAUCGAUCAAGUGUAUCAAAACCAAUUCUAGAGUCAAAUCAAGACUUUGUGUUUACUGUGAAUUUGGAGAUGAGAGAGGAAGAUGGGAAAGGAGGGUUUACUCUCUGUCCUAGAGACAAAAAUGUUUUCAAGUUACGAUGUAAUCUUGAUAAAAGACUCGCAUUAACUGUUCAACAAAGUGGAUCAAAGGAACUAAAAAUUGAGAGAUGUUUUGGUCUGCUGAUCAGUCCAGGAAGAAAUGUCAAACACGGAGACAUGACUCUUAUUGAAAAGACAUCUAUGGGAUAUGCUGGUGAAGAUGGUGUCUAUUCUAUAACUGGUCACUGGGAUCCAACAGAGAGCAGUUUUGCUGUACUAAACACUGAAACACAAAAAGAUACACGAGUGUUUUUGACAGUUGCCAUAGAUCUAGUCAUAAUAGGAAUACAAGAGCCUGUGAGAUUUGCUAUUGAAACAAAAGCAAAGAUAUUUCCACAGACUGAGAGAUUUUGGUACUUCAUGAGUAAACCCCAUACAGAGCUCUUCCAUGUUAAAUUAAAGCCGAUUGAGAGCAGUAAUGGAGACAUUAGCCAUGAAGUUGUUAGUGUAACUAGUCAGACAGAGUUAGAUAGAAAGAAAGGGGGAAUGUCUUUACCGUUAGGUCAAUCCAAAUAUGUACGUGAUGAUAUACUGACACCUCAAGAUGGACCAGAUGAAGAAUCAGAUACAGAUGAGCCAUUGUUAAGUGGAUCAGGGGUAGUUAGUAAGGAGAUUACUGAUGAAAAUAUCCUGGAAGCCUGGAAAGAUGUUCUCAAACGAUGGCAUCAAAAUCUGUCCCAAAAACCAAAACAGGUAAACCAAUUGGCAAAGAAGGGAAUUCCUGAAGCUCUAAGAGGAGAGGUAUGGCAACUGCUGGCAGGUUGCGAAACAAAUCAUGAAUUAUUAGAGGCCUACAGGAUACUUAUAACUAAGGACUCAAGCAGUGAAGCUGUGAUACAGAGGGAUAUUAACAGAACAUUUCCAGCCCAUGAUUUCUUUAAAGAAAGUGGUGGCCUUGGGCAAGAAUCUUUGUUUAAGAUAUGCAAGGCAUAUUCAGUUUAUGAUGAAGAGAUAGAGUAUUGUCAAGGUCAGUCAUUCCUAGCUGCUGCUCUCCUGUUACAUAUGCCUGAGGAGCAAGCAUUCAGUGUUUUAGUGAAGAUUAUGUUUGACUAUGGACUAAGAGACUUCUUUAGAAAUGACUUCAAUGUUCUACAUCUGCACUUUUAUCAAUUAGAACGUCUCUUACAGGACCAGUUAGUUGAUAUAUUUGAUCAUUUCAUGGAGAUGGGAGUAGAGGCUCACAUGUAUGCUUCACAGUGGUUUCUCACAUUGUUUACAGCCAAGUUUCCACUCUUCAUGGUCUUCCACAUUCUAGAUAUCUUCCUUAGUGAGGGCCGUAACUUUAUCUUCAAUGUGGCGCUUGCCUUGCUGAAGGUUUCAAGAAAGGAUUUGCUUGCAUUGGACUUUGAAGGUGUUCUUAAAUAUUUCCGUGUUCAACUACCUAAGAAAUUCCGUACUGAAGAGGCUACAGGAGAUUUGAUGCAGACUGCAGUAAGCUGUAAGGUAAAUGCACGUAAACUGAAAAAGUACGAGAAGGAAUAUCUUGCCAUGAAGGAGGAGGAGCUACAGAAGGAAGACCCAGUAGAAAGGCUUGAGCGUGAGAAUAAAAGAUUAAUGGAGGCAAAUAUUCGUCUUGAGCAGGAGAAUGAUGAUAUGGCACAUGAACUGGUGGAGAGUAAACUUAAUCUUACCAAGAAACUUGAUUUGUGCCAAGAUACGAGUGAAGCUUUAACAUCGGAGCUAAUGCAGACAAAGAAACGUUUGGUAGAAACUGAAGAGGAGAAACAAAGAUUGGAGCUAGAAUCACAACAGGUUAAGGAGAUGUGUAGAAGGGAGUUAGAGAGGUUGGAAGCAGACAACAGUCGUAAUACAGUCAUCAUAGCCGACUAUAAACAGAUUUGUUCUCAACUUAGUGAACGCCUUGAGAAGCAACAAACAGCAGCCAAGAAGGAAUUAGAAGCAAUAAGGGGUCAAGUGAAAUCUUGUGAGCAUUGUUCAGCCAUGUUUGAUCCCGAAGGUAAAGUUCAAGUCCCUGAGCCGAAAGUUGAUCCAGAAAGUCUCAACCCGCGUAUCAUGGAACUUGAAAGACUUGUUCGUGAACUGGAACUUGAGCUUGCUCAGACAAAGCUGGCGCAUGUAGAGUCAGAAUGUAAAACACAAGACUUGACUCAUCAGUUAAACUCUGCUGUCUCAGAAAUCCAAGCAUCUAAAAAUACCUGGUUUACCAAAACAAUCAAUUCCAUAAAGGAAGUAGCAACUACGCAAAAGAAAGAUUCAAAGGAUUUACAGCGAAAAGAUUCCACAUCAAAAGAAUGAAUAGUGUAACAAGAUUUAGAUGAAUGGUGAGACUGUAUAAGAGUGACAGCGUGGAAAUACACACUUGAUUCUGUAUCAAGCAAAAAUAACAAUCUUCAAAAAGUGUUUCCUUGUUCUAGAUUAUUUAUUUUUUUGUGUUCUGAAGUCGCUACAGUGUAAGCUUUUUGUAACAUUUCAAUUUAGCAAAAGUUGUACUUGUGAAAUAAUAGUGAUAAAUAUUGGGGCUUUUAUUAUCAAUAUACAAUGUAUGUACAUGUUAUGUUGGGAUAUUAAAUGACAAACUUAAUAACAUUCUGUCCCAAAACGGAAUACUUGACUGUCAUGGGCUAGUCCAAAAUAUAAGACAAUGCGCUUUUUAUACCCCCAUAUAGUUUAUAUUGGGCAAACGCAAUGUGUGAGAAGUUUAUGUUGGCAAAAGCAAUGUGUGAAUGAUAUUGUUCUUAAACCAGUAGCAAAAUACAAAUUUUUGGAAAUGUUUCAAUAGCUUAAGUCAAUAAUUUAUCAUAUAUCUGUUCAUUUGCUUGCAUAAUUACCACUCAAAAAUUCUUGAACAGUAUAUUAACUGAUUUUGAAUUAAAUAUAUAUUAAAACAAUUUGGUGUAUAUCAACUGUACAAGGAAUUUGAUUUAAAAAAAAAAUAAAUAAAAAAAUUUAAACAUGAUUUUCAGAUGUGACAGUUAAUUCAAAUGUAAUUAAUUUUUACUUUAGUUCAACUUGGAUUUAAAGCAAUGAUAUGCUAAUUUAACAGUGAAAUCUUUUUUGUAAGAAUAACUUGCAGAAUAUGCUAUAUGUUUUUGAGCAAUUUUGAUAUAACUUUGCUUUGCCAAGAAACUACCAGAGAGCAACAUAAUAUUUUAUAGGACUAGUCAUAGGUGUUAAUAUUUUUUGUAGAUAUAUUUUAAGUUAUUAUUAUUAUAAGAUGCUUACACAAGUAAAGAAAUGUUUCUUAAAACAAUAAAAGAGAAAAUUGAAAUAAGAAAUUGGUGAAUCUUUAAGACAAACAAAUAUACAGAAAUGAUUAUCAUAGGAUAGCAGUUGUGUACAGUUACAUGUGAGGCUUCAUAUCAGUGCAAUAUGUAUAAACUUUUAACACAUAAAUGAUUUUUGUUAAGUAUUUACACAUUCUUGAUGUUACAGUAUUUUAUCUCACCUGAGUGUGAAGUUCAGGUAAGCUGUUAGGAUCAGUCAAUUGUCUGUCAUCCACAAUAUGGUUGUUAACUGUGUAGAGAGUUUUGUUCUGAUUUAAUGUAAGAAUAUUUCUUAAACAAUAUCAUAGAAAGGAAGUGAUAUGAGAAAUCUUUGGUAAAUAAAACUGGGUCAAUAGGUUAAAUUAAAGAGAAUCAUGUAUGAGACCUUAGUCUAACUAAAGGCCUCAACAGACGGUAGGAUUUUGAAGUACAACACCAAUUAAAACUAAGAUGUGAAAGCUACUAUUUCUUGAAUUCCGAAACCUUUAAGUCUAGAUGUACGGCAUAGGACAUGUUCUAUUUUGAAAAUCUUGUUGUACAGAUUUCUACAGACCUCCCACAAUGACAAGUAACAGAUUACCAAAUUAUCUCCUGAUAAUGGGUGUAAUGAAUGAAAUUCCAGAACAAUUAGGGCUAAAAGGUGAACAUACUGGUAGUAGUAAGAUGGGGUAAAAAUGAUGUUUAAAAACUUUCAGGAGACCCAAAGUUGUGUUAUGUUCGAAUCCCAUAUUAUUCCGAAAAUGAUUGUCACGGUAUUGAACUGUUCUCUAAUAAGGAGAGGGGAGUUAGUUUGUAGGCUGAGGGAUAUCUUAGUCAUUUGAUCCGAAUUAUUUUUUUUUAAAUGGAGGUGUUUCAAUCAUUACUCAUGGCGAAAAAAGUAUUUAGUGAGUAAAGUAUGUAUAGGAUCAAUGUAAAGGGAUCCUUUUUAGGGAAACCUCAGAUGAUCCCUACAGAGUAGAAUUACCGUCUGAAUGCAAGUGUUGUAUUAAUUGUACAUCUUAUCUCUAAUUAGUACUGUACAACUAAAUCCUACAGUCUGUUGAGGCCUUAAGACUAGCUGCGAGAGUUUUAUCUAACGGAUUUCUUGGUCAAGUUUAAAAUUUGGUUAUCUGGAGUAAAGAAAACUAUAUCAGUGGUGUAGGUUAAAGAAAAAUAUUUUUAAUCUUGUCAAGUCCAUACUUUAAUGCAAGUCAUUAUGAUAUCCAAUCACAAUGAUUGUGUUGAAUUAAACAUUGGAUAAAAGUCACUAAUAACCCUACCUUGCUGGAACAGAAUGUUACUAGCCUUUGCCACAAAGGUCAGGAUCAAAUUUAAAACUCAAAUAUAUAUUCUCCAUUAUUUAUCCUCCUAGAUUAAAUAUUCAAUAUUAACUUGAUAAAACUGGAUUUGAAAUAGCAUGUUUAUGAAAUUUAAGAAUAAAUUUAUUGUUAUUUUAACAAGAUAUGGGCAUUUUACGGUUGAUCCAAAUUUUGAUCUUGACAACAAUUCGAUCCGAAUAUUUUUGUAUUUGUACCAUUAUUUGUUGAUUGUAUCCCAAAAUAGGUUGGUUUCUUUGCAAAUAAGCAAUUACUUUCAGUUCGUAUAUGUACCAUUUAAUUCUAGCAUAAAACAAUAAGUUUUGCUUUUAUAGAACAAUGAAAAUAAAAUCAGGAUCAUUUGAUCCUGAUUUUUUCUUUGUGAACACGGGGCCUGACCUCUAUGUCAGACUAGGAUAUACUGUAUGCUAACCAACUUAGAUUUUCAUCGGCAUAUCUUUAAAUGGAAGAUGGACAUUUCUAUGUAAGAAAUUCAGCAUGACAAUUGAUAUAAUAAUUAUAUACCUGCAAUGAUAGGGAUAUUACAUGUAUUACAGCUUUUAUUAUGCUUUUUAACAUUUUAAGUGCAAUCAUCCAAUUGAACUAUUUCACCUUAAUCUCAUCAUGAAAAGUUGAGAAUGGGGUUUAACAUCAUUCCUGUACAUGUAUCUACUAUAUUGCAUUUAUUU